AUGGAUCAGACGGCCAAUCACUUUCUGCUGGCGUUCGUGAGCGUCCUCAACUUGAUGACGCUUUGCACCUCAAAGUUGUCAAACACAGUGACUACAGUCUACGAGCCGUCUCAGUGUGGCGACGGUUACGCCAUGCCUUCCAACUUACGACUAGGCACAGUCAUGCUGGAUCCCAGAGGAAAAAUGAUCCGUUGCUUAGAAAAAUGCAUCAACAACCCGCAUUGCCAUUCUAUGGACGUGGAGACGAUGUCAGACGGUUCUCGGGCCUGUCACAUGAAUUCCCGAGCAGCGGGGAUCUAUGCUCUUUGGGUGGAACAGCAGUUGAUUGGGACGUACUCUCACUUCGAAAUGGCAAGUGAUGGUCAAUCCACGACUUCGUGCACAAUUCCAGGCAUUUGCCCUCCUGGCUGGUACAACGCCGACUCGGCACAUGACGUGUCAUGUGACUGGUGCGUGACCAGCACGCGCCAAAUGAACUGCACGACAUGUCCGGCGGGCUACGUCCAGUUCUCCGCAGGGAUGACCGACUGCGACAUAUGUCCGGUUGGUUACUACAGCCGAGGCGGUCAACAGAACUGCACCAUAUGCCCGGCCGGGUAUUUCCAGAACACAACUGGACAGGGGUCUUGCAUGGCGUGUCCAGAGGGCACUUUCCAGCCCCAUAGUGGCAGUGCGGAGUGUACACUGUGCCCCGUUGAUACGUUCAGUAAUGUGACGGGAUCUGUCAGCUGUCAGGCGUGCCAAUCCGGAUACCAGGCCACGGAGCCAGGGUCUACCCAGUGUGAAAUUGCUCUCCAACAGCAGUACCGUCUCGCAGGAGGCAGUAACUCGAACGAAGGCCGAGUAGAGGUCUUCUACAACGGCGAGUGGGGCACUGUCUGCGACGACGCGUUCGCGGACGUAGACGCCCAAGUGGUCUGCCGGUCGUUGGGGCUGCCCUUCAGCAACGCCAUGCAGCACCAGUCUGCGCAUUUCGGUCAGGGCACGGGGAGUAUAAUGCUGGACAACGUGGAAUGCCAAGGCGACGAGAUGGAGAUUGCGGUGUGCACACAUAACGGCUGGCUGUCACACAACUGUGGUCACGGGGAGGACGUCGGCGUCACGUGCUCGUAGACGUUGUCUAAAGACUUAAUUGAUUGAAUCUCAAAGGUUGUUACAAAAUGUACAUUUGAUACUAGGCUAAAUUAGAAAGAGACGGAUUGAGUGUAAUAUACUGGAAUGCUACACAGCCUGCAUACAUGAAAAAUAUGUUAGAGAAUGUUCACUAAUUUAAACAACCACAUGUACAACAGGUUCACGAUCACCACAAUUAAUUUUACCGAACAAUACCCGCAAAGAAACUUUAGCAUGUCAUCUAUAAUAUUACUACGUACGGAUUACGGGCUUACAUGCGUAUGACGUAACAAAUUUUCUCAAAAGUUUCAGUUUGAAAAAAAAAUAGGUAGAGACGAAGAAGCCGUGAAUCCGAACAAUUUCGUUCCAUCCCUCGUUAUCACAGCCUGUCUCCGGACGAACAGCGCAGAAAAAGGAACAUACUGUCAGUAUACAUACACCGUACAUGUCGUGUGGCAAAUGUACCCUAGCUUUAGGGAUUAUUGGCAGGAUUUUGCAGAAUUUACAUAUUGCAAUCAAGUUUUUUUUUUCUUUUUUUAUGAAAUUAACUGAAAUGUUAAAAGUGAAAUGUACACCGCAUGUUGUUUGUGUACGGUUUCAUCACGCUCCCUUGGCAACCAGGACUCGACGUCACCCUAUCCACACAUCGUUGU